AUGUCAACUUCCCUUCCAACCACAAGAAACCUCCUCACCUCCCUCCUCAACACCCUCACCGCUCCCACCAUUCAACAACCAUCAAAUACCAUGAACGAGCCAUACUCCACACCCAAUAACCCGCUGAAAACCCUCCCUGCGGCUCAGCGCGCUUUGCUCACAACAUUGCACGUGCUGUUCCCCCCUCCGAUGCUGUUGCAGGCUCUCGACCUCCUAGAUCGGGGACUUGUUUUACGUCUUAUCGAAAGAACUCCUCUUUCCGCCUCCGAGCGGAACCCAUCCGGCCAGGAGGAGAUGGAGGAUGUCGGGCAACCUGUCUUUCCACCGCAAGCCAAUAUCCAUCUCGAAGCAGGAGCCGGAGAAAGUUCAACAGAAAGACCUGAAAAAGAGAUUAGGAAAGGAGAGAGGAACACGGUAUAUCAGGUCCGCUCCUCCCAACCCCCAAAAUCACGGUUUCGAGAUAGUGGUGCGACGGCAACGGGAAGCAAUGUCUACACCGUGCGUCUCGGAGCGUGGAAUUGCUCGUGUGCUGCUUUUGCGUAUUCUGCGUUCCCGGGUGGUGAGUCUAGUGGGAGGCCUUGGGUGUUGGAUCGCGAGUGGGAGGGUGAGGGAGUGGGGAGGUUGAGAGAGGAGGUUGGGAAGGGUGAAGAUGGGGAGUGGGAGUUUGGAGGGUCGAGUUUUAAUGGGAGGGAGGGGGAAGGGGUGCCGGUUUGGGGUUUUGAGAAAUAUGGGAGCUGGGUAUUAUUGCGUUUGGAGUCAGGACAAGACAUGGCCAGGAGUUACGGAACGCAGGAGGAUGAUAAAGGCACAAUUGCGUGGCUGUAUUAA